GUUACCGUCAGCGACUUCGACCCAUCCGCAACCAUUGCUACUUGCGUCCAGACCGCAAUCGGAGGGGAUCUUGAUUGUAAGUGGAGAUUCUCCUUUGUGCUUCUUCAACAUCACCGCGGGUACAAGACAGCACAAAGCUUGUUUCGGAGCUCUCCUCAUUGGGAACCCACAGUUACUGAGGGCCGUGUCGGUAACACGUGCAUUUCAGGGUUCUUGGCGAGUUCUGUCUAGCGAGCCGUCAGCAAUCAUUGUUUUCGCGCUUUCCGUCGCACAGUCUUGGACCACGCCUCGCUGUUCCUCCGCCAAUUGCGUUCUGGUUGCUUCGUCCGUUUCUCACCGGCUGUUAGGACCGUAAUCAUUCGAGCAACAAAAUAUCCGAACCUCCAGCCCGGCGUUCCCAAGCCAGACUCUUCGGUCUCCCAUCCUGCGACGAAGCACCCUAACUUCCCUUGGUCAGGGCCCCUUCCAUAGCAACAUCGCCUAGUCAUGACCGCCGCCGUCGCCUCGGUCCCGGCUGCCCAGCCGCCCAAGCUGGAGAAGAAGCCGAUCAAGUUCUCCAACUUGCUCCUGGGCGCCGGCCUCAACAUGUUUGAGGUUACCACCCUCGGUCAGCCCCUGGAGGUUGUCAAGACCACCAUGGCGGCUCACCGCGGGGACGGUUUUACAAGUGCCCUGGGCCGGAUCUGGAACCGCGGUGGUGUCCUCGGCUUCUACCAGGGUCUAAUUCCUUGGGCCUGGAUUGAAGCUUCGACCAAGGGCGCCGUUCUGCUCUUCGUCGCCUCCGAGGCCGAGUACUAUGCCCGCAGCUUUGGGGCCAGCGAGUUUGGCGGCGGCAUCAUUGGCGGCAUGACGGGCGGUGUUGCUCAGGCGUACGCGACCAUGGGCUUCUGCACGUGCAUGAAGACGGUCGAAAUUACCAAGCACAAGAUGGCGGCUGCAGGCCAGAAGGCGCCCGGCACCUGGGCUACUUUCAUGGAUAUCUACCGCCGCGAGGGCAUCCGCGGCAUCAACAAGGGCGUCAACGCCGUCGCUAUUCGCCAGAUGACCAACUGGGGAUCGCGGUUCGGUCUGAGCCGGCUCGCCGAGCAGGGCAUCCGCAGGGUCACGGGCAAGGAGCACGGCGAGAAGCUUAGCGCCUAUGAGAAGAUUCUCGCCUCGGCCCUUGGCGGCGGUCUCUCGGCGUGGAAUCAGCCGAUCGAGGUGAUCCGGGUCGAGAUGCAGAGCAAAAAGGACGACCCAAACCGUCCCAAGAAGAUGACAGUCGGCAACACGUUCAAAUACAUCUACGAGACCAACGGCAUCAAGGGCCUGUACCGCGGCGUUACUCCCCGCAUCGGUCUCAGCGUCUGGCAGACGGUGUGCAUGGUUGCCAUGGGUGAUAUGGCAAAAACUUAUGUGGAGAAGGUGACGGGUCAGGCGGUCACUGCGAAGCAUUAAGCGGCGGCGUUUCUGGCGCGGUUCAUGGGCAUUGGUCGGCUUAAGAUGAUUACAUUAUGGUCGGCCCUUUGUGUGGGAUCCUGUACAGCUGCUCCCAUUCCUUUGUUAUCUCUUAGCUGUGACGGUAAAUGUGUAAUAUCCGGGCGGAUCAUGCGUCUGUCUACGGGGCCGGGUUUCGCGCAAGACUUUAUCUUUAUACACUUGUUAUCUUUAGUGCUACUGCUGCUUACGGACAGAUAAAUGAUAUAGACGGGAUUUUGGGUUAGUCUGUCUUUGAACACGGUUGCCUGUGG